AUGGUAGAAGAGAUGAUUGUAGGCUUCGAAGACAUGGCAACACAAAUUGUGAGCAAGCUUCUUGGAGGACCAAGCUACCGCCAGAUUAUUGCCAUCGUUGGAAUGGGUGGACUUGGCAAGACUACUUUAGCAAAGAAAAUAUACAAUGAUUUCAAUGUUCGUUACUAUUUUGAUAAGCUCUCUUGGUGUGUUGUUUCUCAAACUUAUCAAAAGAGAAAGCUGCUAAUUGACAUUUUGAGUUCCACAAGUGACCUUAGCAGAGGCAAAAUUUUGAAAAUGGAAGAUGAAGAGUUGGCCGAACAUCUUUACAGGACUUUAAUCGGUCGAAGAUACCUCAUUGUUAUAGACGAUCUAUGGGAUAUACAUGCAUGGGAUGAUUUGAAAAGGUACUUUCCAGACAACAAUAUGAACAGAAGCAGAGUAUUGUUUACAAGUCGGCUGAAAAAUAUGGCAUUGGAAAUUUCUCAUAUUAUCAUUGAACCUCCUCUCCUGUCACCAAGUGAAAGUUGGAAUUUAUUAGAGCAGAAACUGUUCAAGAAAGAAAGUUGCCCUCAAGAAUUGCAAGAUAUUGGAAAGCAAAUUGCAAAAAAUUGUCAUGGACUCCCACUUUCAGUCGUCACAAUAGCAGGAAUUCUUUCAAAUAUGGAGAAGAAAGAAAUCUUAUGGCAACAAUGCAUUCCAUGA